CUGAGAUGUCGAGAAGCCGAGUUGUACCUAAUAAUGAUGCUUCCUUCAAGAGCGAUAAUAGGAUAUUUAGAGAUGAUAUCAGCGAAUCUGCCUGUAAUUGGAAUGACAAAAGUGAUCAGGAAAUAUCAGUUCUCCAGAAGCUAGAGAGCCAGCUUGGGUAUACUCCUGCAGAUUAUGAGAAAGGAAUAAUGCACCGCCAAGAAAACAGUGUGAGAAAGCUAGAUGGCACAAUCUAUUCAUUGGUGGAUACAGAUAUCUUUGAGUUCGGAAGAUAUGGAGUUGGGUUAUACCUCUACAUGCUUUACAUAAAACAUAUCAUCAUUGCCUUUGCCAUCAUGACUCUAAUUGCAAUACCAGCAUUUGCUUCGAAUAUAAGUGGAGGAUAUUAUGCUCAUAGGAACUUUUCAGUAUUAGGAUACACAAUGCUAGGGAAUCAAGAUGGAUUUGAGGAAGGUACACAACUUCAACACGGAAUUAAAGCACAUUCGGAUAAUGAUCUACAGAAGUAUCUUGUGAUUUACAGUGACUUAGCCAAUACUCUUUUCUUUUUCUGCUUUAUCUAUUACUUAAAGUAUAUUGGAGCAGUUGCCAUAAAGGAAGCUUUAUACAAAACUCAGACACCAUCAGAUUACACUUUAUAUGUGACUGGGCUACCUAAUGAAUACCAGACAGUGAAGGAUGCCAGGCCUGAAGAUGGAAAGGAGGCCACCACUAAGUAUAGAAUAACUAUCCACGAAGUUGAGGAGCACUUCGCUCAGUACGGUAAGGUAGUCGAAGUUAUCUUCGCAAGAAAGUUUGGAAAAAUGAUGAAAAUCUAUAAAUAAACAAGACGCUCUGAAUAAGAAAAUCUUUAAAAGAGAAGCCAAAAUUAGGAUCCUUGCUGAAGAAAAUGGAAGGAAUCCUAACAAAGAGGUCUCUUUAGACCAGAAGCUUCAGAAGUUGGUACUUCGUGACAGAAAAAUGGAACAAGAUAUUAGAAACAAUUAUCCGAAGAUUAGAUCUUAUGAUGACCUCCAUGCUUUUGGAGCCUUUGUGAUCUUUGAUGACGUUCUUUCUUGAAAUAGAUGCUUUCUCGAUUACAAAGAAAGUAAUAGACUAUUAUACCAGAAUAGGCUCAAAUUCUUGGAUAAGUACCAAAUAAAAUGCCAAUAUGCCGAUGAUCCCGUUAAUAUCAACUGGGAUAACCUAGAAGUAGGAAGAUGCGAGAGUUUCAGAAGGAGUGCUUUAACCAUUGCCAUUGCAGCUGGGCUUUUAUGCAUCACUUUUCUGGUAGUCUAUGUCAUGAGAUCAUUCCAAAACUCCCUAGCUGACCCAGACGGCUGUGAGACUUAUGAAAUUUAUGAUACUAAUAGUGUUGAUAGAAGCAACAAUGAAGCUGUUACUUGAGUCUGAAUCAACGAUGGGUUCUUUUCUAUCAUCUUCCAACCCAGCAAGCAUAAUGUAUGAGAGACCUACAUUCGUGAUUAUAUCCUCAGAACUCUGGUGACCGUAGUCGUGUCACUUAUAGUAUCAAUGAUUAACUUCAUGAUCAAAAUAGUGUUCAGGACUCUGGCUAAAUAUGAGAGGUACAAAUCUUUGAUUCAUGAGACUGAGUCUAUCUUCUGGAAAUUGUUUGUCUCCAUUUUUAUCAACAUGGCAAUAUUACUCUUACUUAUCAAUGCCAAUUUUCAGAGUAUUGGGCUUAUCAAAGAUAUCUCAGAUUGGCUUCCGAUUGGAGGAGACCUCUUCUUUAGUGGAAGAUAUGAAGAUCUGGAUAGAAGUUGGUAUCCUAGAGUUGGUUUAGCCUUCUGUGUCCUCAUGAUCUCAACUAUUUUCUCAAAUUUGGUCAGUACAGGAAUGUGGGAGGUCAUCAGGAUGUACAAAAGAAACAUCCAUGCAAAGAAACAGCUACUUCAAUGUGAUAUGAAUGAGAAUAUGCUUGGAGGGGUAUUCGAAAUGGAUGCUAAAUAUGGAAUGUCACUUGCAAUAAUCUUCUUAGCCAAUCUAUAUUAUGGAUCAAUUCCUUUACUGUGUCCAAUAAUGUCAAUUUAUUUCUUUAUCCAGUUCUGGCUAGACAAAUUGUAUAUCACAAAGUUUGCAAGGAAGCCUCCUCAUUAUCAAAGGAACCUUCAUAAUAUGAUGAUCAAGAUUAUCCCUUAUUCAACAUUUCUUCACUGUGCGUUCUCUUUAUGGGCAUAUGGAAAUCCUGAAAUAUGGCCAGAGAAUGUAGAAGCAAGAGUUGUUGAUGGGAUUACCAGAUAUUAUCCAGAGGAAAGAACGUUCUCUGAGAGACUGUUUAACCACAACUCUUUGCCUCACUUUAUUCUUCUCUGUGUUUUGAUUAUAAUUUAUCUCAUUGAGAUUACCCUUGGAAGUUUCUUUAUGAAUAAAGUUAACAAAUGUUUGAAAAGGAAGAAACAGUUGGAAUCUAACUCAAAUGUAAAUAUUGAGCAAAAGACAUUCACUAAAAACCGUUCAAAGAUGUCUAAAUUUAGUCAGAUAAGCUACAACCCUGAACUGAAUACCAACUACGCUAAGGUGUUACUUGCCAUGCAAGAUGUUGCUGUUGUCAAGAAGGAUAUCGAUCCUGAAGACCUCCCUAAGAUUACUGAUAAGAAAGACAAGAUGAAGAAGAUCAAGACCUCUAAGUUAGCCUAUAAUGAGUACAAGAAGAAGACUAUGCAGAAAGUAAAUAGUUUCAGAGAGGAAAGCAAGAACACUGACCCCUUCCAAGAUAGUAGCGAAGAGGAUCCACUAGAGAAGAAACCGAAGAGACAUGGGCAGUUGCCUAAACUAGUGAAGCUGAAGAAAAAGAAGUCUCAAAAGAAAGAGAAAACCCCCACGAAGAACAAGAAGUCUAAAAAACAUCCAAAGAACGCCAUGAACACUUUCGACCCCACUAAACCACCUAAAACCAAAUCCACCACCUAAAUUACCACAUCUAAUUCCAUCCCCCUCCUUCCCCC